AAUAGCAACCACAAAAUUCAAUAUACAGUAGAGUCCAAGCCCAUAACAAUGUUGGUCGUCGUUCGUGAUCGUGGAGUAAAGGUUUUUUUUUUUCUUUCUUUUUUCCUCCUCCUCUGUAACUUGGAACUACGAAAAUGGAAGAAUGCGAGGUAAUAGAUUUAUACGAACUUCACUAUUCAGAAUUAUCAUCACCAUCUUCAUCCAAAGUAGAAGAUUCCAUAAUGGAAGCACUCGGAUCUAAUGGUCCAGGCCUCCUCGCCGUCACCGGAAUCCCUAAUAUAUCCAACCUCCGCUCCUAUCUUCUUCCUCUCGCUCGUAAACUCUCUCUUCUCUAUUCUCAAACUCGUAACCGUAUCCUCAAGGAAAAUAAUUUAGGUAGUGAUGUUUCGUUGAAAAAUCCACAUAGGAGUGUGUCUUCUUUUGCAAGGCAAUUGAAUUAUGCAAAAACACAUUCUGAAGAGAAAGAUAAAGAUGAAGUUUAUGGUAAUGGAUUUCAGAAUCUAGGAAAUGUUUUUCAAGAGUUGGGAUUUUGCAUGAUGGAGGUUGGGCUUUGUCUUGCUAGAAUUUGUGAUAAGGCUAUUGGUGGAAAUGAAUUGGAGCAUAGUUUAUUGGAAUCACUUGCUGCGAAGGGGCGUCUUAUUCAUUAUCAUUCUCGUUUAGAUGCUCUUCUGCUUCAAGAACUUGAUAAGAGCAAGAUGAAUAACAAAAGAAGAGUUAAGAAUGUGAAGCAAUUACAAGGGUCAUGUUUGAACUCUGUUGCUUGUGAUUCAGUUCAUUCAGAUUUGUGGCAGCAGUGGCAUUAUGAUUAUGGUAUAUUUACUGUUCUAACGGCUCCGUGUUUUCUUUUACCAUCUUAUUCGGAGAUGAGUACAAUGCAAGAUUCGGAUAAUUGUGUUGAAUGUCCAUCGCCAACUGGGCAUACGAAUUUGCAGAUAUAUGAUCCUAAUAAGAAAAGGGUAGUUAUGGUGAGGGCACCUCCUGAAAGUUUUAUUGUUCAAGUUGGGGAAUCAGCUGAUAUAAUCUCGAAAGGGAAGCUACGAUCGACCCUACAUUCUGUUUAUAGACCUUCAAUGAUUGAAAAUUUGUGCAGAGAAACUUUUGUUGUAUUUCUGCAGCCUGCAUGGACUAAAACAUUCUCUAUCUCGGAUUAUCCUCUUGGAAAAUCGACAUUCGAUGGGGUAGAUGGUCAGUGUUUAAUGGUGGAUGAGUUUGAUGAUGAAGAACAACGCUCUCGACAGGAUAAUAACAAACUGAGUCUAGAAAUUCAGAAAAUAGUUCCCCCACUUUCAUCGCGGUUAAAGGAUGGGAUGACUUUUGCUGAGUUUUCACGCGAAACAACAAAGCAGUAUUAUGGUGGUAGUGGUUUGCAAUCAAAUAGAUGACUAAGAACUCGUUUGGACUCACAAGGCGGCAGAAUUUCCCGCAUCUCAAUUCCAAACGAAAUUUUUGUUAAGCAACAAAUAUUAGCUUGUCAAUUGUGGGUUAGGCGGAUAGCACAUCGUAAUUCCAAACAAAUGCUAAGAAGUUUGGGUUAGUCUGGAAUCAAGUCAAUGUUAUCCCCUUGCCAAAGCAAUAAGACUUUGAAAAGCUAACCUUACUGAUCAUGUAUUUCAGUACCUUCUUUACUUUUCUGAAUAACCAUUUUUUUUGCUAGGAGAAUUAAAUAAUAGAGAAUGAUUUUGAAUUUAUAGAGUCGUUUAAAUCAACACUGAAAUUUUUUCCUUUUUUC